UGGUUUUGCUUGUGAGGGUCAUAAGAUGGGAACGCUCCCGGAACGUAGAAAUAUCCCGCCGUGGGUUAAAGUUCCCGAAGACCUGAAAGAUCCAGAAGUGUUCCACGUCCAGACGCGGCUGCUGGAAGCCAUGUUCGGCCGGGACGGAUGUCGAAUCCCUUACAUCGAGCAGGUGAGCAAGGCUAUGCUCGAGCUGAAGGCUCUGGAGUCUCCAGACUGCACUGAGAUCGUGGUUUACGGCUCCUGUAUAUACAAGCUCCGAGCCAAGUGGAUGCUCCAGUCUAUGGCUGAGUGGCACCGCCAGCGCCAGGAGCGAGGGAUGCUCAAACUUGAGGAAGCCAUGAAUGCCCUCGAACUAAGCCCUUGGAUGAAGUGAACCAGCUUCCAACCAGGAUGAAGGCCAGGAUGUAGAGAUUAGUUAGUGGCCAGCGUUGGAGUGAUUUCUCCAGCUUGGUUUAAAAUCUGUUCCAGCCUGAGGAGUUGAGGGAAAAUCAUGUUUAGGGGUCUCUACCUUGGGUCUGAGUCUUGUUGUGAAUAUCUUUGAUGGUUGCCAAUAAAAAGUUUUUCUUCCCCAUUUUAAAAAUUAACAAUAAAGUUUUAAAUCAGUAAAAAAAAAAAAAAA